GGGCGCGUUUUAUCUCCAUUACAAAACAUUGUUGGAUUCAGCUGGACUGGAAUAUGCAUAUGCAAUUGGCAGUCCAGAGUGUCCAGAGUGUCCAGACUUUCAUAGUCAAAGUGUGUACGUGAAUAUGCGGUCAGACUCUGAAUCAUCGAAAUCGGAUCGGAAUCGCACAGGACAGGUGUACUCGCGCUGCUCAUGCUACGCCUGUGCACGAGUAAACAUAUCCUAACCUCAAUUUAUCAUAAUUUACCCUUUCCUAAUCAAUUUUAUGUACAAGCGUAAAUUAAAGAAUACAUCAUCAGAUGAAUUGGAUUGUUAAUAUUAAUUUAAGUUUUGGUAUGAAACAAAUUGAAAGUGAUUGUAAUUGAAGUCAACAUGUUGAGGAAUAUAAGUGACUCUCGUGAACAACAAUUAGAGGAACUGAAGAGCUUCACCGAUGUAGUUAACAUAGAAGUCGCCAGCUUUAUUAGCACUUUAGGCUGGACAAUGGAAAACCUGACAAAGGAUGUGAAUAAAGAGUAUUUUGAGUGCCAGUAUGAUUCAUCUCAUCGAUUAACAGAAGUCUCUUUCGAUGAUCAUCUUGCAUCUUGUCAAUGGAAAACCGAAGGUUAUAGAAAGCAUGACGUCCCGUUAUCAGAACCAACUUUAAUCACAGAUUCAUCAUUCUGUAUAAAGUUUGAUAAGCAGCUGCAGGCACAAGUUCUCAGGAUGGCCAAAGAACAAAAUCCAAUGAUGAAAACUGGUAUGGGUGAGCGGUUAGUACCGCGUACAUCUGAUAGGAUUGUCACAGAUUUUACCAGCGACGAGAGGAGAGCACUGUAUGAUUAUGUCAUUGCUAAUACCACCAAGCCAAACAUUGGGGAGGACAUUACAAACAUUAAUAAUAUGGAGCCACAACAAAAAGAAGAUAAACAAUUGUCUCUUUUAGAAUUGUUAAUACAAGAACGCAAUUUGAAAAGACGUAGAGCAAAACAUAAAGGCGUUCAUACAAAUAAAAGAUCUCAUAUUGAAGUUCUUAGAGAGGUGAUUAAUCAACAAAUGGAGGUGUAUGUAGAUUAUAUUUCUGGGCAAAAAGAACUUUCAGAAGAAAGUCAUCAUCAUUCAAGAGAACGAGAGAGACGAAAAAGUAGUUCUGAACAUGUAACAAAUGUUCAGAGUAUUAAAGCAAAUAAUUUUAAUACUGAAAAAGACAGAACAGAACAUUUAAAUAAAAUAUUUCAUAUUUCUUCCCGAGACAAUUAUAAUUCUGGAGAAAGAAACAAUCAUUGUCAUCAGAAGAAAAAAGAUAGUAAAAAAAGAGACCGUUCAGAAGAAAGAAGUUACUAUCGGUCAAGAGAUCAAGAUAGACAAGAAAAAUAUUCGGAUGAAAUAGACAGAAAACGUAGACGUGAAUAUAGAACAUCGCAUUCGAAAGAGCGAAAAUCACAUAAAAAAGAUAAACAUCAAAGCAAAACACGUAACGUUACUUUGAAUAAUCAACGGCCGAGACUAAAACAUUAAUUGUCACGGAUCGUUACUUAUUUUACGUAUUUGCAAUAACGAACCGGAUCCCGUGACAGCUUUAAGGAAGGUGUCGGAAGUUCACGUCGAUGAACGGGAGCUAUUUCGAGUUCCUCAGCGUUGCUCGAGGAGAAGGUACUGACGUUAGCAGCGAGCUACGAGCCGUUGAGCGUAUUACGGCCUCAUAAAGGUCUCCGUUAAUAUUUAAUAGUGCGUUUUAAUGGUGCACGCAGGUGCGAGUACAUCGUGUCCUCCCUUCUCUUGCAUCCUAAGUAUCUGUUAAUGACGGCUUACAACGAAAUGGCAAAGUUCCCUUCCUUCGGCUGUUCCUCCUAGUUUUAUCCGGUUCGCUACAACGAUGCGAGAACUUCCCGUCAUCGUUGCGAGAGCCAUCGUCGCAAUUGUGCAGUUUUACAGUGCUUCUUAAAUUAUAAUUUUACGGUUUUCAACGAGAAUCUUUUCGCUAAAUCUUCUUUGUAAAAAAAUAAUAAAUAUUAAUGAAUGUAUUCUUGUAUGAAUGAAUAAUAUAAUAAGAAAAUUAAUAGUUUCUAUAGACCAAUUCAUAUUCGAUUUAUUUAACAUUAAAUUAUCAUGAAAAAGAGAUCUAUCUAGUUUAUAAAUUUUUUAAACUUAUUUUACACAUUAAAUCAGAUUAUAUCGCAAAUUUUUCUAUUUAAAUGUAGAGGCACUGCUUUGUCAAGCGAAUUCGGCGAAUAAAAUUUAACGAAUCUAAUUCAUACACACGAUCAAUUCGCCGCGAGUGGUUCCUCAAGAUACAUCACGCGACGUCGCGCCAACCGCGAUACGAAACGCCUUAACGAAGAGAAUGUAAAAGUUUUAACACAUACAUUCCACGGCGGACAUUGCGAUAAAUAAAAUUGAACAAUCCUUCCAAUCUGCCCUAGAUUUUUAUUACUCGCGGAAACUUUGGGAUCCUAACCUGCCCCCCCCUCCCUCCUUCCCUGCGCAAACUUCGGAAAUCUCUUUGGAAAGGCAGGAAGAGUACGAGGGCGAGUGCCCCAUGCGGAAACUCGUCGGGAAAAGUCAUUUUCGUUCGUUUCUCCACGGUGGUAAGAAACGAUCCGAGGCAAGCCGAUGCUGUCGGCGAUGCCGAGGGGGUGCGAAAGGAAAAAGCCCGCUCUCCCCACGCGAUAUAAGCCGCCGGUGGCGGCUCUCCGUAUCGUUCGAUAAGCCCCGAGCCCUCAGCGGAUUCGGUGUGGGCUUCCACACGGCACAAAGGCCUAAUUACCCAUAAAUUCGCUGAUUUACGGCGGUCUAGAAAUGUAAAUAUGAAAUAUGAAAAUGAGGACGGCGGUAAUAAAAGUGAUGUACGGGGCUCCGUAGGGUCGUUCAUGAAGGCGUCCAUCAUCGUGCUUGACGGGCUUCUUUGUCUGGUAGCGGCAGUCGAGAGCCAUUUCGCUCUCUCGCCUCUCGCCCCUCUCCCUGCCGCGGAUCUCUUUCGCGAUUCUCUUUAUCUCACUCGUAUUCUCUAUUUCUCUCUUUCUCUCUCUUUCUCUUGUCUACUCAACCCACUCCCCUUCUCUGCCCUGCUUUCUCAUCGGAGACGUCGACGGGAACAUCCGCGCGAUUCGCACGCGAAUUUGGUUCUCUCACGGCGAGAAGGCACUUUGUCUUGGCCUUUUGUAGCUGUCGUUUUGAUUCACGGCAGCUAGUGAUUCUUCUUUUCUUCCCGGUCGAAGUCGGAAAUACUCACGGCCCCGAUAGAUUUAUCGACACGAAAAUUGUCGUGACUGUACCGACUGUCUCUAAUUAACGAGGCUAAGCUAAGAAGACUGAUCACUUUUAGUGAUGAAGACGAAUCUACUGUCAAAGAAAUAACAACUUCAUGGCUAUGAUUUUUUUUUUAGUACUCAGCAGUAAUCGAAUUAUUGUGUAAUGUGUAUAAAAUAUUUCAAGCGUGUAAUUAAUUAAGAAUAUUAUUUUGUAUAAUUACAAUCAUUUUUAAUACAAAAAAGAUUUUGAUGCUUGUUGCAAUGUUGAUUGAAAUCAUUAUAUUCACAAAAAAAAUUAAAAGAGGAUUAUACGUUUAUGAUGACGGUUUGUAAUAAGCAUUUUUCUGAUCACUGAAAUGCCGGAUCCGGUUCCUUCGAAUGCGCAUUCGUGUCGACACUGUUCGUUAGUAGGUACGUUUCCCUGCAUAAUUUGACUUUAAUUAAGGCAAUCGUUGAAACGUUGCUGAAUCGAAGUAGCGUUUCACGAAUUCAUCGGAAUUGCAACAUUUGCACGCUAUUCACUCGACGUUACUUUGCUUUUGUGUUUAUUCUUUUGCUACACCAUUUAUUGUAAUGCAAACAACCUUUCUGAACAUUUUAAAAACCGUUAUAGGUGAAAGAAACAACAAAUACAGUGAAUUUUCCAUUAAGUGCAAUAGAUAAGUGCUUAGAAAUUUCAUAUUGUAAGAGUUAACGUAUAUGUCAAUAUAGUAUUAAUUAUUAAAUGUCUUAAAAUAUUUAUAUACGUUAUGUCCAUUUGGGCCUUUAUUUAUGAAUUUGCACGCCGAAUAUCUUCAUAACAUAUUUAUUACAUCCAAACGACGCGUUCAAUUGCCAAAUAUUGAUCAGUAUUGAUAACUGUAUGUAACAAUACAUCAGCAUCAGGACACUCGCAUUUAUCGAAUGCAAAUUAUUUGAUUCGCGUUGCAAUAUUCGGCAAACCGUCUCUAAACAUUUGUUGAAUGUUUAUCUGGUGCAUUAGCAGCUUACAGUGCAUAUCUAAAUGCGACCACUCGCCCAAUACUUGUCAAGUCGAGAUAGGUAAUGCAUCGUAUAGAUCAUAUGACGCGUAUGACAAUGUAAUAAUUCAUAUCAAUGUGAUAAUUCCACAAUUGGAUAUGACACAAAAGCAAAAUUUGCUAAAUAAAUAUCAUACAUUUAUAUUUGUUUCGCAUACACGUUUGAUAAAUAAAUGCGUUGUUUAGAAAAAGCCAAAUCUCUUGUGACACGUAACUUCAC